AUGACAUCCUCUCGUCCUUCGGGGCCUUCGUGCCGCGAUCUAGACAAUACCUUGCGUAUUGAUGCUGGAUCGUGCCGCGGAGGAUUUGAUUUCUCUCUCUUAUUUGAAGAGACCAUUCUUGAAAUUUUACCUAUUCUAUUAAUACUAAUAACUAUUCCUGUCCGCCUGUGGCAUCUCUCGCAAACGCAAAACAAGGUUGUUGGAUCCUGGCUGGUCCUGGCCAAACUUGCUGCUUGGUUUGCCCUCUUGGGCCUCCAAAUUGCCCAGACCGCCCUAUGGGCACUUCCGGCAGCCGACAGCACCAGGACAUCGGUACCAGCCAAUGUCAUCUUGACAAUCGGCGUACUUGCGCUCGGCCUGCUUUCGUAUGCAGAGCACACGCGCUCUGUGAGACCGUCGUUUAUUUUGAACACGUACCUCUUCUGCAGCCUGCUUUUCGAUAUCGCCCGGUCUAGGACGCUGUGGCUGCGCAGCGUGGACACAUUCAAUGAUACCAUUGCUAUCAUCACGACGGUAGCAGUGGGCGUCAAACUGGUUCUUUUCGUUCUCGAAGCUGUGGAGAAGAGACACAUCCUUCAGUCAGAAUAUGCUAGCUAUCCCCCCGAGGCCACUGCGGGUUUCUAUAACCGCGCUGUGUUCUGGUGGCUGAACCCGCUGUUCAAGAUUGGCUUCACCGGUUCGCUCCAUGUGGAAGACCUAUUCCUUUUGGAUAAGGAAUUGAGUUCCGAGCGAUUACUAGCUCAAUUCGAAGUGAAAUGGAGCAAAGUCACAAAUAAGUCAUCCAACACUCUCCAGUGGGAGUCAUUGAAGGCUGUCAAAUGGCCCUUGCUAGCAGCUGUUCCUGCCAGGGCAUGUGUUGUGGCCUUCAACUUCUGUCAGCCGUUGCUAUUGGAAAGAUCGCUGUCUUUCUUCAAUUCACCCGUGAGCAAGGAAACCGAAAACAUUGGAUAUGGCCUCAUUGGCGCCUAUUUCAUGGUUUACACCGGGAUGGGGGUUUCAAUGGGCCAGUAUCAACACCUCACUUACCGCGGUAUUACUAUGGUCCGCGGUGUACUUGUCACAAUGCUGUACAAGAAAGCCAGCUGUUUGACGCUCGGGGAGACCGAUCCUGCCAAUUCGCUCACCUUGAUGAGUGCAGAUGUCGAGCGCAUCACGCAGGGAUGGCAGACCAUGCACGAAAUCUGGGCAAAUUCCGUUGAGAUCGCUUUGGCCAUCUACCUUCUUCAAAUCCAGCUCGGAAUCUCCUGCGUUGUGCCCGUUUGCGUUGCCCUAUUCGCUCUCGUUGGAUCCUUGAUCGGUAUGUCCUUUGUGGUCGCACGGCAAGCUCAGUGGUUAGAAGCUAUUGAGAAGCGCAUCUCCUCUACUUCAGGGAUGCUUGGAUCGAUAAAGGGAGUCAAGAUGCUCGGCUUGCAAAACUCCUUCAUGAAGUUCGUUCAUGGCCUCCGCAUUAGCGAGUUGGACAUUUCCAAGAAGUUCCGUACCCUUCUUGUAUAUAACAUGGCUUUCGCUUGGUUGACUCGCAUUUUUGCUCCAAUCUUCACCUUCGGCAUUUAUGUUGGUACCUCUAGCGAGUCCUUGAGUGUUUCUCGUGUCUUCACAUCUUUGUCGCUCUUCUCCCUUCUCGCAGACCCUCUCCUAACCUUGGUGAUGGCACUGAUGUCUUUUGCCGGCGGCGUCGGUUCCUUCCAGCGCAUUCAACAAUUCUUGGAUAAAGAGGAACACUCCGAUCGCAGGAGUAGCCUCUCUAAAGCUCUCUUCCUCGACAAUAUUGGUGAGAAGCGGGUGCUGUCAACGGCCAAAGACCUUGAGCUGUCUUCCAAUACCUCGGAUUCUGUGGAAUCUCUUGGUCGCUCGAGCGCUCUGUCUUCUACAAACGCUGUCAUGGUCCAGAAUGGAAGCUUUGGAUGGGAGGCUGACAAGGGACCAAUUCUCAAGGACAUUACAAUGACUAUCCCCCAAGGCAGCUUCACGGUUCUCAUUGGACCAUCUGGUUGUGGCAAGUCUACUUUGCUCAAAGCUCUUCUUGGGGAAAUCCCCAGUGCUGAUGGCAAGGUUGAACUAUCAUCCCCCAGCGUUGCAUACUGUGAUCAGACUCCGUGGCAUAUGAAUGGCACCAUCAAAGAAAGCAUCAUUGCGAUGUCUGACUACGAUUCUAGAUGGUAUGAAUCUGUGAUUCGGGCUUGUGCUCUGGAGGAAGAUCUUGCACAAUUUCCCCGUGGAGAUUCUGCUGUUAUCGGAAGCAAAGGAAUUGCCCUCAGUGGUGGUCAAAGCCAACGUAUUGCGCUUGCGCGCGCAGUCUAUGCCCGGAGAAAGAUUAUUAUCCUCGAUGACGCCCUCAGCGGUCUCGACGCUACCACUGAGAACCACAUCUUCCACAGCCUUUUCGGGCCCCGAGGCCUUUUGAAAGAGAUUGGGUCUUCGGUCAUCGUCGCCUCCUCUUCUGUCAAACGCCUUCCGUACUCCGAUCUCAUUAUUGUCUUGGACCCAGAUGGUCGGAUCUCUGAACAGGGAAGUUUUGUUUCUCUCAACAAAACUGGUGGAUAUGUGUCAAGCUUUGGACUUGGGCUGCCUGACUGGCAUUACAAGCCCAAGCGGUUCUCCGACUCUCCCAGUUAUAGCAGCGUCGACACUGUACAGAAAGAAAAGGAGAUAGUGGUUGACGAGCCAGAGAACUACAACGGUGGCGGUGAUCUUGGAAUCUAUGCAUACUACGUCAAUGCUAUCGGAUGGCUCCCUGCAAUUAUUUUCAUGGUCGCAAUGGCUGGCUUUGUCUUCUGCAUAUCGUUCCCCAGCAUUUGGCUGAAAUGGUGGGCCAAAUCCGACACCGAGAAUCACAAGAAGGAGAUCGCCCAUUAUCUUGGUAUCUACGUGAUGCUUGGCUGUGUUGCUAUGCUCGCAUUGAUUGUUGGCUGCUGGCAAAUGAUUAUUACCAUGGUCCCAAAGUCCGGCGAGAACUUCCACCGCAAGUUGUUGACCACUGUCCUCAGUGCUCCGAUGCUGUUCUUCUCCAGCACCGACAGUGGUGCCAUCCUCAACAGAUUCAGUCAAGAUUUGCAGCUUAUUGACAUGGAGCUCCCCAUCGCCGCCAUCAACACUGUCGCCACAUUUUUCCUCUGUCUGGCACAGAUGGCAUUAAUUGGCGUCUCUUCCACUUACGCGGCUAUAUCCUUCCCGAUCGUUCUUGGUAUCCUUUUCCUAAUUCAGAAGAUGUAUUUAUGCACUUCACGACAACUUCGAUACUUGGAUAUCGAGGCUAAGGCUCCACUAUAUUCGCAUUUCACCGACUGUCUUCAAGGCCUUGUGACCCUGCGGGCCUUCGGGUGGCAGCAUGACAUGGAAAAGAAGAAUAUCGCUCUUCUAGACCACUCACAGCGACCCUUCUACUUUAUGUUCGCUAUCCAGCGCUGGCUCACUCUGUCGCUGGACAUGGUCGUGGCAGGAAUCGCCGUUCUACUGAUUGUUCUGGUCGUUGUGCUGCGUGGGACGUCCCUCAGUGCAGGCUCUGUUGGUGUCGCUCUCUUGAAUGUCAUCCAAUUCAGUCAGAGCAUCAAGCUUCUGGUGACCUUCUGGACCAAUUUGGAGACACACAUUGGUUCCAUCCAGCGUAUCAAGGACUUCACCACAACUGUCCAGUCAGAAGACAAGCCCGGUGAAGACCAAGAUGUACCACCUAACUGGCCCUCAAAUGGUGCAGUCAGCUUCCAUGCUGUCUCUGCAGCUUACAGACCCUCGGAGCCAGUUCUCAAGGACGUUUCUCUCACUGUGCAGGCAGGCGAUAAAGUUGGCAUUUGUGGACGAACAGGAAGCGGCAAGACAUCCAUGAUCAUGAGCAUCUUCCGGAUGAUGGAACUAACCAGCGGCACCAUCACCGUGGACGGAGUGGACAUCAGUCGACUUCCGCGACGAGAAAUCCGCUCACGCAUCAACGGUGUCUCCCAGGACUCACUCCUAUUCAAGGGCAGUGUUCGGUUGAACGCCGAUCCAACAGGAAGUCAUUCCGACCGAGACAUCUUGGCAGCACUCAAGAGCGUCCAGCUCCUCCCUGCUAUUCAAGAAAAGGGGAAUCUGGACACCGAAGUGGACGACGUCCACCUGUCGCACGGCCAAAAGCAGCUUUUCUGCCUUGCGCGCGCGCUUCUUCGCCCGGGCAACAUCCUCAUCCUCGAUGAGGCAACGAGCAACAUCGACACCAAAACAGACGAAAUCAUGCAGCGGGUCAUCAGAGAAAAAUUCUGUAACCAUACCAUCAUUGCUGUCGCCCAUAAACUCGAUACGAUCCUCGAUUUCGAUCGCAUCGUCGUUCUAGAUGCAGGUCAGAUUGUGGAGAACGGUGAGCCAUACGCGCUCCUUGCCGAACCCAAGUCGCACUUCAGCAAAUUGUAUGCGAGCGCUAUGGCGACCGAAGAAUCGGACUAA